CCCACCACCAGAAGAAUCAAGAAAGAGUCCAAAAGAAUCACUAGGAGAAUCAAAAGAGUCCAAAGAAUCAUUGGGAGAAUUGAAAAAGUCCACUACUGGGAGAAUCGAAAGAGAGAAUCCACCAGGAGAAUCAAAAGAGUCCACACCACCACCGGGAGAAUCAAAAAGUUCAAGAAUUACCAAUAGUUCUUUGUGGACUCUUUUGAUUCUCCUGGGAGAAUCAAAAGAGUUCACAAAGAAUCACCAUGCCAUUACACGUUCAAAAUCGCGCCAUUUCACAUCGUGGA